CCCCGGAGCUCGGCGAGCAGCCAUGUUGCCUCGCCAAGACGCUCGCUUGGCGAAGGAUGCAGCCUGGCAAAAAUAUCGCUCACUGGCCUCCGAGUGAAAUGCUCCCUGGACUGUGCUGCACUUUCUUUUUAUGCUGGCUGUGACUCAACAUUGCUGCGCAGAAAGAAAAACGCAGACGUGGCUGCCGGUUCUACCUGGCCCGCGAAGCGAUCGAGCACACGACGCUGCAUCAAUGAAGGUUCGACCACAUCGCUGGAAGAAAAACUGCCGAAUGGAGCCGGUGAGCACGGCUACGCGCUCUACGACAUCCGAAGCAGUUCCAUGUGUUUAGGCUUAAUCGCAAUGUGAUCGGACAGAGUGUCGGUUCCGGCAGAAAGCAUGUGUGCACGCUCCCGGGACCCAAUGACAAACAUGGCGGCGUUGGUGUAAGUCUGCGACGCCUCAGGAAAACAUUAAGACGUGCACCCUACGGAGAAGCAACGUAACCAUGUGGACCUACAGUUUGGAGGUGACUCUGUGGUUCCCAAUGUGACCUCCAGAGGUCGGUCGUGCGCAGGAUGGCCGCAUCGAUAAAAUCGGUUGCGCGUCGUUGGUCUGCAAAGUACGUGACAUGGAUGAAUAACUUAGUCCACGAUCGCUGAGAGGACUGUGAAGUUUUCGCCGCUUCAAUGCUGGAAAGUGUGCUUCACAAACAUGUACGGCUUCCGCUGGUGACAUGAACGCCUUAAGGAAAAUUCUCUUCUUCCUCAAGCUUCCGCUAUCAGAGCAGAGAAAGUGGAUGUAGAGGACUCGUGCACAAGUAGACUUAGAUGAAUGGGAACAACUAGCAAAAAACAAGGGCAACGAAGGCAAGGGCAAUACACGUCCCCGCUUCCCGUAGCGUGAAUAUCCCCUUUUGGGACCACGUCGAGUCAUAACGGGCUUUGCAUCUGUGUCUUUAUUUUCGAGCGCUUUCCUCAAUCUAUGUUUUCCGCCUCUCAUCCAUGCCGUUGACCGCCAGCUCAUCUUCCCACACUUCUUUCGCUAUGCUUUCCAGCACUACGCAGCAAUUCUGACCUCCUGCCGCAACCGCACAGAAACUUUCUUCAAAGCUUGAAGAACAAAGUUCGCCAACCACCAGCACACACCACACCAGGACUGCACAGUUCCUUUCACCAUGGGCAACGAAAUGAGUGGCGAAGGAGGCAUGCCUCCACAGGGGGGAAUGCCCGGACAAAUGGGGAUCCCCGGGGGCGCCCCUCAGGGAAUGAUGCGGCCCCCCGGCGCUGGAGGCCCCAUGAUGAUGCCUCCGGGCAUGGCGCAGGGUUCCCCUCGCAUGAUGCGUCCACAAGUGCCCUCCAGUUUCGGUCCUCCUGGAGGUCCCCCGGGAGGCCUUGGAGGUCUCGGAGCGCAGCCUCCACGAAUGCCCGUCCGCAUGUCUACCGGGGGCCUUGCAGGACCGAGACCCCCAGCCAUGUCUCCUUCUCCCGUUGGUGGCCCUCCCGACAUUGACCUGAGUAACCUGUCCGAGGAAGAGCGUGCGAAGAUCCUGUCUGUCAUGGCCCGCGCUCAAGAUAUGGACAUGGAUCUGGAAAAGCCUAAGAUGGAUGAAGUGGGACCUCAACAGCAGCAUCAGCAGCAGCUCCAACAUGAAUAUCAGCAGCAGCAACAACAACAACAACAACAGCAUCAUCAACAGCACCAGCAGCAACAACAGCAUCAUCCACAGCAACAGCAACAGCGAGGCAGCAUGGGACAUAAAUGCCCGCUGUGCCAGACGACGGAUAUGAACCUGGAGGCCGGAUGUCGGUGCGUCGACUGCGGACGUGUCGCUUGUCAGCGAUGCGGAACGGUCAUCAUGCAACCCGACGGAAAGAGGCCGUGGGUAUGUUCCGAGUGCCAGAGACGCUUCCAGACGAACCACUCGAACAGCAUGCAGCAGAGGCACGAAUACCAGGAGAGCACGUCCCGUAGAACGCAGCAACAGCGCAGCCAAGAAAAAAGGCACCAAGAAGACCAGCAGCGCGGAGGGACGAUGGAACCACAGCACCAGCAGGUGUCUCACCAGGAAAGCUCCGAACGCAUGCAGCAAGACGGCCGUCGAAAACAAGAGCAUCAGUCGGAACAGCAACGAAGGCUCCAGGAGCAGCAACAGCUCGAACAACGUCGUCAAGAACAUCUUCAACAAGUCGAGUACCGAAAGGAGCAGGAACAGCUCCUCAAAGCGGAACAGGAACAGCAGAUUCAGGCUCGUCGUCUCGAACGAGAACAGCUGCAGAUGCAGAAACAGCAGAUGGACGCGAAUAACCGUCAAACCGUCCGGCAGGCAGGGGAGGCGAAUAGGGGUUACGAUACUCAGAGGACACCUCCACGCAUGGGAACAGGAAUGGUGAACGGAGUUCAGCAGGCGAGACCAAUGCAAGGGGCAGCCAGCGUACAAGAAAAGGCUCCCGAGAGAGGACACAAGGAGAGCAGCAAGACACGUGAGUAUCCUCCUGCGGAAGAAGUAGAUUCGGUAGUGGGUUCUUCCCUUGGGGUGACCAAGCACAGCUACCACGGGGACGACAUGAUGGAAGAGGAGGACGACGACGAGUACGAUAAGGAACUGGAAGACGAGGAAGAGGACGAAGAAGACGAGGAGGAAGACAGCGACGAAGAGGAAGAGGAACCGGCUCACCUGCUGAUGGAAGGGCGCUUCUACGAGCGCAGCCCAGGGGAUGUGUACACGAUCCCCGAGGAGGAGGAAGAGGGCGGCUAUCAUGUGCCCGAGGCUCGCUUUAAAAUGUCGCAUUCCAAGCUCAACUCUGACACGGCCUCUUCCUUGCUGCGAUGGCGAGGUGUGGGCCAGGCACCGUACCCAAAGCCAUCGCAGCAGCUGCCUUAUGAGGAGCAGAGGCCCGAGCAGGGUCCACGAGCUCAUGCCUCGGUCCAGAGACAGCAGGUAACCUCCACUUCGUCCUCCGAUCCCAUGCCACCGGCAGCCGCCGCUUCGACGGCCAUUAGUGGCUCUAGUUUACCAUCGACGGUGAACGGGCAGGUCCACAAAACGCAACCUUCCCCUCAGGCGUUCGCACAAGAUGUGACGCAGGUAGCGCUCUCCAUUCCCCGCACCAUUCCCCUGACAUCUCAGACAUUGCAGCAACCGCACACGCUGACGCAAUCAAAUACGUCCGCGUUCGACCCGCCGCACUACCAGGUCGACCAACCAGUGCAGAGUCAGGUACCUAUGGCACAGCAGCAGCAGCAGCAGUACGCACAAAUACAACUCCAGCACGCAAUAGACUUUCCGCAACCUACGCAACAGACUCAACAGCCAAGUUACUCGCCAAGCGAAGAAGAAGCCGAACAGAAGGUCCCGAAAAAUAUGGAGUUGCCUUCUCAAAAGCAGCAAAGGACCAAAAUGAAAGCCGAGUCUCAGGACUGGUCACCGGUGUCUGACCUGUCCCCUAUCUUGGACGUGUCUCCUUCGGUCGAGGCUGCUGAACAGGAACUUAUGGAGAAGUUUAGGGAAGAAGAGGAAAGACUCCCUGCUCCGGCAGGAAUCCCUCGCGCAACUAGCGGAACCAUCUCGGGCAUGCUUGCCGACUUCAACAAGGCCAUGGGCCUUAACAGUGUUUCCCCGGGGGAAGAACCCCAGAGCGAAAACCCUCCGGUCGCGGAGCCAGCUCCGUCGACUACGCCAAAGCGGAUCCACCGUCGUUUGCCGCAACCCACCAUGGAACAGAUGCAGGCGGCCGUCGCUAUGGCCUCCCAAGCGCCGGGACUGACCACUGUAGCCUCGUCGCAGAGGCCUGUAUCUCCCAUGGUUCAUUCCGCACGAAAAGACGUCAGUGCUAUGGUCGAGUCCACAGCGAUAUCGCGGCCGGUUCCGGCGCCUCGGGCGUUGAGCGCUCCGACGGUAGUGACUCCGGCGGUUAGCUGCACGGUCGUGGCAGCAACUGUAGCUGCACCAGGAAGUAGUCAAACUAUGCAGCAGACAACAACGGCUCAGUUGGGCGGCAGUGCACCCGACGAACUCGUACUGCCUCGAAGCGUGGGAGGCGGUACUUCGCCCGUGCCCUUGACGAGGACCCUGACUCCAGUCACGCCCCAGACGCCCGGCACCCAGGGCGGCGAUUCGUCGGACACGCUGAGCGAAGCGGACAGCGCAAAGUCUGGCGGAAAAGUCCGUAGGAAGCUUCCCCCGCUGCCUCAGGACCAGGAGCCGACCCCGGUGCCGGCGCGCCGGAGCAAGGACCGCACCCGGGUCUUGUCCGCAGGCGCGCUCACUGCACGUCCUAAGCAGCAACCGCCGCCGCGAGCAUCUUCGAUGGACGGUGCCACGGCCAGCAUUCACACGUCUUCCCUGGCGGCCGUCGAAGCCCUCUCCGUGGGCGACCGUCCGGAGCGUCCUGCGUCAGCCUCCUCCUACCUCUACCUGGACGCCCUCUCUGGUACCAAGCUGCCUUCCUACAUGAACUCCCUCAAGCAGCAACUCCGAGAAGAGCUCAAGACGGUCACCGAGGAGAGAAGGAGGCUCCUGGAGCUCCGCGACCGCGACCUCUACCGACGCUCAGAGACCGAUUUGGCCUCGUUGCUCGCCGGAUGGCAACCCGAGUCUCCUCUCUCCAAGUUCGGACGACACUCGUCGCCCAUCGCAUCGCCGCGCAAGGCGCGCCAUCGAAGGCACAUGUCCGACCCGCGCUCUUCCUAUCGCGGGACUUCCGUGGCGGGGGCACCCUUCAAGUCGUACGAGUACGAAUUCCUCGACCGGUCGGGAGCUCCUUCACAGUACGAGUCCGCCCUGGGAAGGCUCUACCAACGCGGGGUCUCUCUAUCAGAUGUGCGACUUGGAGACUCUGAUGGGCUACGUUUCAGGGAGCCCGGAAGCUUUGUGGGCGACGACCUCUUGGGACGCUACAGGAGAGGUCUCGCAAGGCGCUCCCGCGAAGGUUCCUUGGAGUCUCUGUCGGCGACGAUGGGCAGCAGUUCCUCGGCCUACUUUCUAACCGGUGAACGACGACCUAAGCGAAAGGAGAAAAUGUCCCGCAAGCCCCGCUCCUGGCAUCCCUCCCCUUAUGUGUCCGAAGACGAGGACGACACCGUCAACCGCGAGGAACGGAAGGCCAAGAUCAAGGCCGAAAUCGCGCGUCGCCGCCAGCAAAUAGAGGAAAAUGCCAGGCUCCACGACGAGCUUUACAAGCUGGCUCGGCUGCGGGAAGGCUCCGAUUUAGGCUACCCUUUACAAGAUGACCGCGGCUUCACAAUGGCCGCCCCUUCAGGAGGCAGCAGCGUUCUGCAAGCUAUCGACGAGAUACUUCGUAAAGACUACAAGCAGCAACAGCAGCAGCAGCAUAGGCACCAAGGCAUCGUCUAUUCGGGAUACUAUGGCAGCAAACCUGCUGCCUCGCUCUAUGCCACGGCACCGACUGUCUACUCAACGGCCACGCUACCAAGUUCCAGGUACGAUUACUACGGGACAGGCGCCGGCAGCAGCCCGGCUGGGCGGACCAGCAGCUGGGAAUCGCCGUCGGUCGGCCAGAGCCGUUUCCCGGACAGCAGCGCCGAGGACAAGAGCAUAGCGCUCAUCGCCUCCACAUUUCCGGCGGCGGAUGAGUUCAGUCCCAGCGACCAACUGCUGGACUACUCUCCUUUCGCGACGGACACAGAGCCCGAGUACGAGCACACGCCCGCCAUGCCACUGCUGCCCGAUAUGCCUACGCGCUCCCGGAGGCUCCUGGAGCACCUAGGGAGCGCACCCAUAGUCGCCAGGUCUGCCACCGCGGGAACCGCGCCUAAAACAAUAUCUGAAAAAAUGUACCGAGACAGGCUGGAGAGCGAGCGCCUCGCGAGCCGCCAGCACAGCCUCGCCUCGGAUCGCAUGACGGCAGACCAGAAUGCAGAGUUGCUGCGCCAAGGGCGGAAAGCACAAAGUUCAUCCCUCCACAAGACAUCACAGAAGUAUUUCUUUCCAGUAAAACGCAUUCUUUUAACCAGAGAUCCCAAAGAUCGUUCCAUUAGUGGGAAUGGGCUUGGAAUGAAAGUUGUCGGUGGCAAAGUGAUACCAGGGAGCAAUGGAGUACUUGGCGCCUACGUUGCCAAGGUUUACGCUGGUGGCGUCGUGGAGACACUAGGGGAAGUCAACGAAGGUGACCAAGUGUUAGAGUGGAAUGGAAUUCCUUUGACCGGGAAAACAUAUGAGGAGGUACAGCGCAUUAUAGCCUCGUCAGCCGAUGAAGUGGAGAUCGUCAUUAGGAGUGACUUCAAUAUGCUAGACACCAGGGGCGAUGGCGUUCGUCAGACGAGGAGGGCUCCGCGUUUGGGCGUCGGAGGAGCCAACUGCGCCAACAAGGCCAUGAAGCAUAGGAGCCUUAACGUCACCUCGUCGUACGAUGCCUCGCCGGACGAAGUCACAGAGGCGUCAUCGGAGGCGCGGCAGAGCCCGGCCACCGUUUCCCCUACCUAUGCUAAGUGUCACAGUGGCAAGAACACCUGCAAGGAAGGGAACAUAACUGGAGAGAUCCAACUGCAAGUUUGUUACGACAGCAAGGCGGCCAUUUUGUACGUCACCAUAGUAGAGGCUCGUCACUUGGUAACAGCUAGAGACAACAGCGGUCUUCCUGAUCCAUUUGUCAAGUGUCUUCUCUUGCCAAAGAGAAGUGUGGAGAACCAGCGUCGCACCCGGUACUUUUCCCGCUGCAGCAACCCCGUGUGGAAGCAGACGAUGGUUUAUCCUGAAGUGGCACCCGACGAUUUGCGUACAAGUUUCUUAGAAAUAAGCGUCUGGAACUACGACGUAUCCGGUGCGAACGAGUUCCUCGGCGAGACCGUCCUCGAUCUGUCAGACAUGACCCUGCUAGAUGAACAGUCCCACUGGUACAAACUUCAACAGCACACGGAGAGUAGCAAGCACUCUCGCGGCAGUUUCUUCAACUUCGGCAGCAGCAAACUCGCCAGGCUCAGCAUGGCAGGUGGACACAAGUUAGGAUGCUCCGAUAGCACAGACGACAUGUUGAAAAGGACUAUAAUGAGCAACGUGCCAGAGAAGAAGUUCAUCAAGCAUUUUCGGAGGAGAUCCGUGUCUUCCAUUGACUCAAGGAUCGGCAACCAGACCCGUCGUCACCGAGUGCCCAUCUUUCCUACUUCCAACCUGACCGCUCAUCCACUGCUUCCACAGGGUUGCCAAGGCGCCGUCUGCAACCUCUUCUAGAUAUGGAAUGACGCCUUUCCUGUGACCGCUCGUCGUCUCCUGGAGGCGCUGUGGUUGGUGUUCCUCUUGGUCAACAGAGCAGACUGACUCUCAGUGGCGCUGGUUCGUCAUGCCACCGUUGUACAGCAAGUGUCGUCGUUGUUCUUAAGUGGUCACACACAUCGCGGGACUUUCUGUACAUAUAUGUAUGACUUUGCGUUUCCUUUGGGGUUUCAUUUUAAAGGGGUUGUGACAUCUUGCUUCACUGAUGCGUCAUUAGUUUCGCAGAGGGCGAAGUAGCUAACUGAAACAUUCGAAAACUAAUUAUCUUACACCACCAUGGGAUUUACGGCCCCGGGGCUAGGGCACUUCCUUGUGAUCGCACUACUCCCUUGUGGAUAUCUCCACGAAAUUAGGGAGCGAAGAGAUGUAGGAAGGGAAGACGGUGGAGCGUAUUGGUCACUCAUUUCUCUUUCUCCGGGUCGACCUCCUCGUGACCAAUCAACGCGCCCCUGGGGUUUGCACAUUGGGACACUUUCCACACUGCACUUAAGAGGGUAGACUAUCCGAGUAUGAGGUAUUAUAUGUGAUGCGUAACCGGCAAGGCACAAGCAAGAGGUCACAGCUGCUUUAAGGCGUUCCUGAAUGUUACGGUUCCGUUGAGGGCCGGGCUAUAUUGCAAUAGAUGGUAUUGCAAUAAUAAUUGCGUACAUUAUUUUAAGUGCCUUCUACAAAGGUUUCUUCGAUUGGUAUGCAUUUAACACACAUGGCGUUCUUCCCAUUUACCGCAAAGCGAAGCCUCGCUUGAGACCAGCCGUCGGCAGUUCCAGAUCCCACAAAAGUAAAAGGAUUACACUGAAACAUGUAGAGUUCCAGAAACCUUGCAUCGUUCUCGUUGAAGCUGCGCUAUAGGUACGAUCGGCUAUAAGGUAAAAUCCCGAGCGUUGGAACACCAGGAACAUCGUGUUUGGGCCUCAGUUUUAACGCCUAUUGUGCAACGCCCACCGCAUGCGGCGUCCCAGACCGGAGCAUCUAUCGGAUGUGUCAUAGACGGUUAAUUGACUGCUAUAUAUUGCUGAACAAAAUUGAUGUACCAUCGCGAAUAAUCUCCACAAGAAGGAACAGUCAUUUUUGUCUUCGGUAUCUCCAGCCAACACCACCAGGAUAACUCCGCGUGACGUCAUCCUACUAGGAUGGGCGCCGGCCAAAUUACACGAAAGCGGUGUCGCGACGAAGCAGACGACACGUCGCCGAUCAUCCCAGUAUACUGACGUCAACGCGUGGACGAGAGAGUUUUGGAGAGGCCUUCUCCAACAGAAGGCCUGUUUAUUGUCUCCUCUCCCUCCUUCGCUACGUAAACGUAUAAAGUCAGAAUUCGUCUGCUACUGCUGCGAUUCCCCGUUCUGCGAAUUCAAGAAGUAGCAAAUGAUUGCGCCUAACUUUGAACCUGCAGACUUAAAUCUGUAGUUAAGAUAUGCAACAUUGUUUUGAGAAAGAUAUGGGACCGUUUUGCGAUUUAUUUUAAAGUUUACACCAGUUAGUACGCUGGGACGUUCAAUCACCACUCGCAGACUACGCCGGUUCUCCAUGGCUACGACUGCUGAAAGCACGUUCGUGAUUGGCUACGGCCAUUGAAAACACGAUCCUGAUUGGCCGACUCUUAGUUGUUACGUCACGUCGACGAGUGAGCAGGCCUUCUCUGUGUAGGUGGUGUUGCCUCAGCACACCGUACUGAAAACACCGAUUCCAUUCACUGCAGUUUCACAAUUAAGACAACAGGAGUCUCAGGCGAGGCUUCGCUGAUGAACUCUGUCGUGCAAUUCCUUGUGAAGUUUGAAAAUGUGUCCAGCUAUCCAGCUCCCGUCUCUGACUCUUUUUCAUAAAAGUAAUACAAUGUACAAUAACAACAGUAGUUAGAAUUGUCUGUACUCAUUCUUAAUUUGUUCAUUUCUUUUGGCUGGACCAGACUAUACAUAUAUAUGCUCCAUGUAUAGUCUCGGACCGGGCUACACUGAGAUGCGCCGUGUGUACACUCUCGCACCGGACUGUACCGUAAUGGCUCCGCGUGUAACCCUCGCAGUUGUACUCAUAACCUCCCGAGCCAAAGUGUGUUUUUAUGUCGUCAUAUCAAGGUUGUGGUUGAAUUACCCCGGAUGCGGUGUUCCCAAAUGACGUGACCGCCACCUUGGUUGUGAAGGCUGACAUAUCCCCGGUCACCAGAAAAAAAAAAAAAAAAAGGCUCCAUUGCCCCCUGGGCUCAUGUUAUGUGUGUCUGCCAACUGUUCUCUGAUUUGUACAGAGGCCUAACAUGUGUAAAACUGUACGAUGUUCAAUGGGUAUAUCUGCCUUUUAGGAUGUUCCACUCUACGAGAUAGCCAUAUUAAUAAUAAUAAUAAUAUAUAAUACUUAAAGCCAUGAAUGGGUCAUAUUUGCCUGUUUUAUGCAAAGUCUUAUCGAGGAAUGUUACUAUGAUAUUGCACUCGUCGGCUCCAGAAGAACAUCUGUAAAUACUCUGCAGUUUUAUAACGUGACACGGUUAUAUAUAAAUACUUGUACUACAUAGGAAACAGUCGUUUAUUUUUGCUCAAUAUCCGCACUCUAACCUCGCUACACAAAGAUAGAACUAUUCGCCGAAAACGUUGCGUUAUCAUUUCGCCCACUGAUAAGGAUUGUAAAGCGAGUACUGUUAUAAAGCGAGGAAAUGUCUCAACCCAACUUAUAGACUUAUUACAAAACUAAAUGUACGAACCAGAAACGAUACCUCUGUAAAGAAGAAUAAAAAAAAGAAAGACCAGCCAGUCCCAUCCUUACCACGACCCAUAUUGUGGGUGUACAGAGUUUCGGUUUUUGCGCCUCUGCAGACUGGAGAAAGGGGGGCUGAGUGACGUCACUGCUGACAUCACCGAACAGAGCGCUCGACGCCAUUUCGUUUCCGCACCAUCUACGCAGUGCCGUGUAUGCCAAAGGGAGUCUGGCUAUUAGGAAGAGCCUAAAAAAGAGGCUCGACCUGUCAAUCAAACUUGGGCACAUUUCAUUGGUGACCGUUUUCCAUGGGCGCUGCCAUGACACCAAAUUUUCUCCAAGAUGGAGGAUGGUGCUUGGAACGGCGAAGCGGAGAUUUCUUGACAAAAAAUUUUCACAGACUACUUUAAUUUCAUACUGUGAGUAUAUAUCCUCAUGUACGCAUCUGCAAAAUCAGCUUAAAGUUUCGCUCCGCCAUCGUUAUUUACGCGAAAAUGGGAUGUUUCGGCGUUAAGAUCGUGAUAGCAAGAAAAUAGCAAGAAGGACGACCCUUAUACGUAAGACUUUGCAUUAUAUAAUUGCAUUUUAUUUAUACAUACAUCUUUGCUCAUUUUUGAUUCGAUCUACUUACAUUACGUGAUUUAAAACUUCAUACCGGCAGUCGUCUGCUACGAACUACGAAGAAGCGGUUGUACCGCUCUCCUGGCCAAUCAUUUCUGCCAGCAACCAUUUCUGCAAUUCUGAGCCUUCCCAACAUGCCUCUCUCCAUGCAGAUGGCGUUGAUAAAAGUGGGCGCAAAAUCCGUCGUUUUGGUCUGUCACCAGUGAUAUCCAUUUCAAUCCAAAUCAAUCGAGUUUCUCCAAAAUGUUGGCACCCAGUAAAUAAGGGUGAGGUAUAAGUACUGGAUGGAUGUCAUAAUAGACAACUGUAUUUCGACCUGUGAUUGGCUAGAUACCUCAAAAAGUGGGUGGAGCCUCAGGUAUAGGCAGGUCCCAUUAAUGGCCGGACUCCCUUUGGCAUACACGGCACUGCAACUACGCUGCACACAGCGCCAUCUGUGAUCUGUAGUGCCGCGCGGCAGCCGAAUAUUAACGUGACAGAGUACUCACGUGUUUCCUGUAGACGCCAUUAUGCAGCUUGGAAAUGAAAUGGUGCCGGUGGCUCCCCCUUGUGACUCGGCACCGAUACUUAGAUUAUUUAAGCGUCUCCAAAGUGGCAAAGACGCCACGGGGCCAUCUUUUCGAGUGAUUUCGUCGACCGAAAAAUUAUAAUAAUGCGAAUGGACUGCUACCAGCUGUGCAGCAUCUCAGAUCGAGACCUCUUCACGUAUUUUUCGAGAUAAAGGUAUAGCUGAAGAUUGCAAUAUUGAUUAAGACGGGAGAAACCACUUUUUUGACGAAUUGUUUCCCAACGACAACAAUAGAAUAUGUGCGUCGUGUACACGCUCUGAUUUGUGCCUCUGCCGCAUCUCUCUAAAUGUGUACAUAUUUCGAUGUUUCCAAGGGAUCACUCACAAGGCCACAUGUAGGGGGAGGGGGGAUUGCGGGUUGUAGGGUUCCGUGUUGCGACCGAAAUUCGAAGGGUGUGACUUUAUUUUGUAUUGUUCUUCGGUAUAGCCGGACAUACAGGAAAGCCUCGUUAUAACGAAGUGAACGGAACUAGGGGAAAUUCGAUAUACGCGGCAAUUCACUACUACCGGAAGUCCCACAAAAAAAAUUUACAGUGGCAUCGGUGAAUCUGAGAAACACUGCGGGAAUCUUAAAAAAAAAACAUUAAACCGGGGGAAGAAUUGGUGAUGAGCACCUUUGCAGCCCAGCCUUUUAAUUUAGGAACAAAAAAAAAGCACGUGAGCUGGAUUUGCCAUACGGGCUUUUGUGGGCUCACACUUCACAGUAAACUGAGGUUUGCUAGCAGUACAAUUCGAAUAAUCCGGUUCGAAUUGCAUGUAUUUCGCAUACAGCGAUACUUCGAAUAAAGCGCUCUCGUUAUAAGCUAUAACGGUAGUUUACUGUGUCUGAGAAACAAACAUUCGGGUUGGGAACCUGGGCUGACCUUAUGAAAUUCGGGGUGUUUCGGAUCGUUGUGAUUACCUUUGGGGGAAGCAUGCAAAACACGGAGCCCUAUAGUUACAGGUCAUUGGCUCUUUUGUGCUAGCCUCCACGUACCUUUUGUUAACGGGUUGUUUUGUCAAGUGCAUAGAGUUUUGUACGAAUACCAUGCUACCCGUCUGGCUCACAGUGCAUUGUGAGUGAGACUUCGAAGUAUGCGCAUGCGUCAACGGUCUGUGGCUGCAUCGCACUCGUUCAGUGCGUAGGCGUGCCCACGAAAAUUAUUUAAAAUCACCAGGUUAUAGCACAAACAAGAAAACUAGAGCUCGCGAGAGACAGUUAGAGAUCACAGCGGACAGAGAUCACAGCGGACAGCGGAACAUAUACAGGGUGUAUGCUAUAAAAGGUCAGUCACAUUUUCGCGCGUGGCGCGAUACCUACUUGACAGACAGACUUCCGCUGCCGCAGAGUGAAGAAGUUACGGCAGGAAACCCUACAAAAAAAUCGUCGAUA